AAUGUUCACCUGUGUGUAAUUUGCAAGGCAACCAUGACAUAGGAUUUGGGUUGAAACUACAGGACAUUACAGCAUGUCCCCCAAUGGGAGGUGCAUGACACAGCUAUCGACGGAGAGGAGGAGCUCUAUGAGGUCAAAAAACACACAAAAAGAGUUACUACGUAGUAGAAGAAGAAGCAUAGCAGACAAAUAGAAAAGAGAGGAGCGCAUGAAUGAAAAAGACAUGAGUACAGAAGGAAAUCAGAGUACAGGAGGAGAAGGAGUGGUGGACAGAAAACCUGGUCAGUCUGGGUGGAAGCAAUUCCAGUGCCCCAUAGCUGAUCCACACUUUCCUAGAGAAGAUAUAAAGAAGAUAUGGAAGGAGUGUCAGUACGAGAGCUUCUGGUAUCGAGCUCUUCCACUCUCUGCCGGCAGCAUGGCUGUGUCUGGUGGCCUCAUUUACAGCAGCGUCUGGAAACAGUCCAAGCGAUUUGGGUAUUUCCCUAAACUGCUUUUGGCGGGUAUUGUGGGUUAUGCAGUAGGCAAAGCUUCCUAUGCCGGGACCUGCAGAGAGAAGUUCAACAGUAAACUGGGACCUGAGUUCGCCAAAGGGUUUAGUCCUCCUGGAUUUGGACCUGGUGGCUCUAAACCUGGACAUAAACACUGCAUCCAUGUGUGUGAAAAGUGCAAGCAAGAAGAAGCACAAGCCACAGCAACAGCACCUGAUGCACCCACUCAGAGCUAAGGUGAAGAAACACAACACACCCAAACACACCCAUAUACCUACACACAAAAGAUCCAACUCAGUCAACACCUUCACACUAAA